UGGGUUUGCCGUUCUUUUCACUCCCUCUCCCUAUUCAUUUUUGCAUUACGACACGACUUUUUUCUUCCGUCCAUCCCUUCAUUCUCGUCCUUGGAGAUUUACCACACUUGAUCCUUGUUUAUCACUCUAUUCUUCGUUCUACUACCUUACACGCAUUAAUAUUCGCUUGUGGAUUGUACCACCUACACCGAGUAAUCGUAAUCCUAACUUGAGAAUAUUUUCAAUUUCACACUUUUGAAUCCAUGUUGCAAAUGAACAAAACGAGAGAUUGUCGUUCUACUUCUACAAUAAAUUUUGCAAGAUACUAACACGAUACGAUUUACUAAGAAAUAACUUCCAUCCUUGCUGCACUAUUAGACCAGAGUUUCGAUGUUUACUGCAAGCUGCUUUCGCAAAAUGAACUUUGAGUAUGCUGGAUAGUGAUCCCUUGAAUCCAGGGACCUGUCCUGCAGUGGAGUGAAUUGAUGGUCAUAGAACACAGCCAUACAACGGAAAGCUAACGAAGUCAUUGUCACAGCGCGCCAACUUUUUUACGCGUGUGUCCGUUACAGAUACAAAUAUUGCGACCGCUCUUCAAGUUCAAAGCCUGUCGUCACACAAAAUGCAUGACCAUCAGAUUCAGAGGUUAGUCAUACUCUUUGCAUGCUACUUAUUUUCUGUAGAUUAGACCGGAACUCACACAAAACGUUAGGCCCAUACAGUCAAUCCGUUUCAAGCAUUUCAGCUGUUUAUCAUAACUCAAGCCCGUAGUCAUCGAAAGGUCAAUGCACAGAUUAAGCCAGACUGACAGCAGACUUACAUGUAAAAGCAAUAUCAAACGUCCCAUGCCGCUGCCCCGUCUAUAGAAAUAACAGGCAUAGCAAUUAAGUAUUACACGACGCACGUCCAUAUGCAUAGCUAGGUGCAUUGUGUGUUUCGCUUAAAUAAUUUGACUCUGUAGAUAGUUGAUGAAUACGCUAAUCUCUUCACUAUUUUAUCUAUCUUCACUGGAAAAACUUCUGCCAACGAGAAUACAUUGAUAAAGGAUAAAUAUGUACUAAGCCUCCGCAGCCAGGACGAGGGGCUCGCUGAUUGCGAGACUGGAUUAUGAUGUUGG